GCCCAGCACCUUGUUUUCUUGAACCGUAUGGCGUGCCCCCCGACUCUACCGGAGUAGCUUUUUUUGCGCCUCGACGAUGGAACCCAAGUGUUCCUGCAAGGGCGUGAGAACGUGUCUCGCUUGCGAGCAAAUCAAAGAACCCAGCAAACACGCCAUAUCCAAACGAAAGGUGCGACAUCCGUUCACCUUUUGCACCGACUGCAGACUGUGUUGGCCGGGAUGGAUACACAACAGUGAAUCGACGGAAAGUACUCGGAACAGCCACGACGGAUACUCCCCUCCGCUCAAGGUGCCGGGCAUCGAGGUCUACGAAGAGUUCCUGACGCGUGACGAAGAGGCGAUCCUCGUCGACGGCAUCGACGCCCACGAAUGGGUCGGAUCUCAGUCGGGUCGUCUCAAGCAAGACUUCGGGCCUCGCGUCAACUUCAAGAAGAAACGCGUCAGGACCGGCGAGUUCGAGGGCCUACCGGCCUACUAUACGAGCGUCGAGCAGAAGAUGAGCCGCUGCCCCGUCGUGUCCGACUUCGAGGCGGUCGAGCUGUGCAACCUCGACUACAGCCCCAAACGCGGAUCGUGCAUCGACCCGCACUACGACGACUGGUGGCUCUGGGGUCACCGGCUCGUUACCUUUAACCUCUUGUCCGACACGGUGCUGACCCUGUCGCGACCCGAGCAACACUGGAUGCUAACCGACGAAGACCUGAUCGACGAGCCGUCGGCGCCUGCCGCCGAUCAUUGCCCGCAGCCGUUGACGACCGUCGCGCACGACAGGAGCGUCUGCAAGUCGUGGAGCGAAGACUUCAAGGACUCCGUGUCGGUGCGGACUCCGCCUCGCCUGUGUGCCGUGCAGGUCGCGCUGCCGCGGCGUUCGAUGCUGGUGUUGUACGGCGACGCGCGGUACAAGUGGCACCACUCGAUCCUCAGGGACGACGUGACGAGUCGCAGGGUCGCCAUGACCGUACGCGAGCUGUCGGAGGAAUUUCUCGAAGGCGGCGCCUCGUGCGAUUUCGGCGCCGAGCUGCUCGAAAUUGCGAAGUUGCGUGUGUGAAGGUGUGCGUUUUUUUUUUUUUUUUUUCACGCAGCGUGACGUUUGUUGGCGUUGGUUCGUUGCUUGCCGUGCUUACAAGGUAUUGAGUGAGGCGGCGUCCCAGUAUAACUUGGGCUACUCGUUUUAGUAUUAGCGGGGCCAAGGCGUGACCCUACGUUUCAUAGAUCGGGUAAAUGCAUCUAGUCCGUGCCAUUGUUAAGCCUUUUAACCUGAAGUAUUCUGUUGCUUGUUACUUUUUUCUUGGAUCGCCUGUUUCGCUAAGACGAGCUCGAGAUGCUGGUGCAGCACCCGUGUAGGUGUGGCCUCGUCUGUCAGCAGAUAGAGAGAGAGAGAGCAAAGACAGGAAAGGCAGGGAGGUCAAGACGAGCACCCGGUUUGCUACCCUACACUGUGGGGUGGGGAAAGGGGAAUAGAAAGAGAAAAAAGGGAGAGAGUAAGCACUGAGUGCAUGUGGGAGGAUGCACAGGAACACUAUAAACUGUCUCUUAAGCCUGUGCAAUUCGAGUAUUGUAGUAGUGCACGAAUCGCAUUUGGUGCCAGUGACAGGUGUGAGCACGGUCUGAAUAUCUUCGACUGUCAGCAGGGUGUCGAUCGUAGCAAUGGCCUUGGUGAUGUCCCUCCAGACAAAUCCGUGCUUGGUGCGGAGUUGCUCCAUUGGCGGAACUUGAGGGCCAGAUGCCAGGGUGGGUUUCGGCGCCACUUGAAAUGCAGCAAACAACGACGGGGAUUAGACCCGGACAUCUGACUCAUUUGUCUCCUGGCAGCAACUGAGCGAUGGGAUAGGAUAGUAUAGGAUGUCCUUCUAUGAUGGCACAUACCCACUGCGGGGGAUUGGCUAAGAUUUGGAUGGUAGUACAAAGAUUUGGUUAAUAGAACCAUUCGUAAAACUGUCAAGUGGAAAUAGUUAAAAAUAGCAGCUGAAAAAUUUAAGAAAAUCACCUUGACAUACAUUCAUCCGCAGCUGAGCAAACAGCCCUGUGGUAGUCUCCAAGAGGGGGGGUUGCUAGAGAAAGAAUAUUUAGAAUUGAAAAAUUUAAACAAAGUUGCCUGAAUGUUGAUUCUAAAAUGCUUUUUCUUAAGGAAAAAAAAAGAAAACGGUUGCAGAAUAAGAAAAAAUCACCUGUGGUCUCAUCUUCUGCACAGACUAGGCAAAAGGGGAGGGCACCAGAUCAGCCCUGUGAUGAUAAAAGUUUAAUUCUGGUGUUCGAUAGUGUAAUGGGGUAAAAAUUACUUCAGUUUUUCUGGUAUGAAAGAAAUUAUUGUGCUAAAGGAAUAGGAGGCGUCUAUAUUCAGAAAAUUUUGCUAUAGCUGAGUUCAAAAACUGAGCGGGCAGCGCCUGCGGCCGCCACUCGUGCUCAACGCAUCUUCUUUAUUUGCAACAAGCCAGAUCUCAAUGUUUGGUUCUGUUUUUUUACAGCCUGGAUUGGACUGUUCAAGUGAACGCCAUAAGCUGCGAAACAGUUAUGGUGGAGAAAUGUGACAUGUUCCUACUUGUUGCUGGGGCUAGUUGAUUCCUGCUUUUCAUGGUGUAAUGGGAUGCGAGGCAACAUACAGUGAGAACAGAAAACAGCGUCACUCGGCACUGUUGUGAGACUGUUGAGCAGUGCUCUUUCCUGUCCUGUUCAUACAUGAUCUUGUUUCACAUCCCAUUACAUUACUACAUCGUAGCAGGCUACGAGAUAAUUUUUGUCCAUUGUAGUGACAUUGUUUCAGUGACAUACACGUAUUAGCAGAUAUGUGUAGUAGCAGCAUACAUAGUAACAUUACUGCAUAAUUUCUAAAUUGCAAGUUUUGAAAUUACUUUCACAAACUGAGUUUCCUCAAGACGUGCAGCUUAGCAGCAUGUAUAGGAGCACACAUUGAUGACAUCAUAUGCAAUUUGAGCACAACAAAUGCUUCUGCAGUGCCUUGACUAUAUUGAACCAGUAGAGAUUAGAAUCCUAUUUAUUAUCUAUGAACACGGCCGUGCAUUCUAAAAGUUAGUGUUUCAUAGUAGAAAUGGCCCUUGGUGCCAUAAAAGCCCCAUAUAUUAUCAGAAAUGUGUGCAAAUGAGGCCAAGGAGCAUGAAGUCAUUCGGGGUUGGAAACCAUAUCAAGCCUUAAGGAUUUGCAACAUUUGUUGUCCUCCUAAGCUGAAACAUUUAUGUAUCAAGCCUACUAAGUUAACAGUCUGGUAAAAGUCUGCUAUCUGAAAGCUUUGCAUUCAAUUAAUUUGAUGACAAAAGCAAGCUUGUGCAAGCUCGCUUUGCACUAAAUGCUUUCUUAAAAAAUUAGCGCCAACUAUACAAAGACGAAUAAAGCAGAAAAUAAUGUACAACUUACACAGUUUAUGUUCAGAGCUGAAAGUCAUAAGACGCACUAGAAGAAAGCUUUGCCGUGUUCUUGCACAGAGGCAGGGUCAUCAUAGCUGCCGUGAUCAUGUGAUUAUCCCGAACGUGCUCAAACAUUUGGAGAUUUGACACAUUACAAACAUGUUGUUAUGUGCUUAGAUGCCGAAGUAUAGGUUGGACUGUUAGCCGAGUGUGUUUGAUUUCUGUUGGUGCAUAGUUUGUUGCGGUAAGCGUGGAGUAACCUGAAGGGUAAUCUGGAGGCUAAUUUGUAAUGCAGCAUUUAUUUACUUUUUCUUCCACCUUGUAUUGCCACAUUCCAGUGGCUUAAUUCAGAGGACAUUGUAUAGACUUCUCACAUAAUGCCUACAAACCUGUGCGCACACUGGUUUGCCGUCACCAUUGUAAAGGGUAGAUGUGCGAGAGAGCGCAGGAUGCACAUAGAAAGUUUGUGAGCCAUGUGGGCUCUGCUACAGACCAUGUGAACCAUAUUUCACACUAAUAGUAACAUUUAAGUACAGCUUAACGGAAUAUGUACAGUUCAAACAUGGCUAAUUAUCCAUUUUUCACGCUCGUAAGCUACAGUGCUGCCUGAGCUGCACGUUACUCACCUAAAGCCGUGCAGGCAACAGCAGUUGCCUUUCUUUAGCCAAGGAUGAUAUGCUGGGCAGUGGUGACUCCGACAGACUGGCCUGAUCAUGUGGCUGAAUACUCUGUAGUGCCUGUGAGGCCAUUUUGACUGUGCUUGAUGAUGGCACUAGAUUGCUACACCAGUACGUAAGAUAUUGCAGCAUGCCAUGAUUCCUGUUUUUUUUUCGCUAAAUUGGUUUGAUGGACUCGGGAAUGACGUAAGACUGCACAAAAGUUGCAGCUCAUGCAGCUAAGGCUUCUUUUCAUCUCUGUUGUCGCAUAGCAAUAGUCAACAAUGCCUUUGCGGUGCAAGCGCAGCAAGGGGCCGAGAAAUAUUCUACUGAGAUAUAUUGUGUUGCAGAUAACCAAGCUUUCAUUCACCGGAGCAUAUCAUGCAGCAAAUUUGUAUGUGUGUCAGUAUACCGUAGCAAACUCAAUAUAUUGCGCAGCCCACAAACUUCCUAUGUGAGUCCUGCAUUCACCCGCACCUCUACCCUUCACUAUGGUGGUAGGAACGCAAUGUGACCACAGGGCUGACAGCGUUAUGCAAGAGGUCAGUACUAUAUUGUCAUUUUUUUCUUGCGAGAGCAUCUGAAAUUUUCCCAGAAAUGUAUGGCUUUUCUUAUAGGUCGUUUAUUGUUAUGACUUGUUGGUAUAGUGAUGUUUUGUCAUUUUGACAACAAAGUUAGUUUACUGUGAUGAACUGGUAGUAAAGACAUAAUUAUGGUAGUCUUGUGGUCCUGAGCAGACAGCAAGAAGCUUGGUCUUCCUUCUUGGCAAAAACAUGUUCACUCUUUUGCCACCCAUGUUGUUUAAAUAAAGAAUAGAGAGAAACUCCCAGAA